AUGCUUGCGUGGUUGUUUCUCCUUCUAAACCUUCUUAACUUUGCACUGGGUGCUCCGUGGCAGGGAAUCCGCCAGAAGCCACUUGCUUGCCAGGAUCGCUUCUCAGAUGACGACCUUCUCGAACCCCUCCACGACAGAUGCUACACCCAACGCUACAAUCCAGGACCAUGUCAUCGAGAGGAGAUGCUAGUGCCCUAUGAUUCUUGCGCAAUCGUAGGCCCAUCAACAAUUGAGGUCCUCGACUCGCGCAAACCACAUGGCCAUUUCCCUGGACAGCGCUUCGCGCCAUUGAUGAGCGGGGAAAAGACCUGUACUCUCGCGAUUGAGAUUCCUGCCAUGCCAGAAGGUCAGUAUGCUCAGGGCUCGACUACUAUGGAGGUUUGGGUUUGGGCGGUCGAUCGCCCUGAGAAGCCGACGUGGGAUGACCAGCCCGACAAGGACCAGACUGUUGGAAAGGCCACCUUUCCUACGUGGGAAGUGCAACAGGGUUGGUUGCAGCGAUUUAUGCCUCUUGACUGUGAAAAGCAGAUGAGCUACAUGGUCGAGCUGAGCCUUCCCAAGGGCGAUGGGGAUGUGCGCUUUUGGAAUCAGUUAAUGGGGAAACAAGGGGCGCCACCAAUUGGCUGGAGAAUGCUUCAGGGCGGAUGUUAG